ACCCACUCCUUCUUUUUAACAUCCUGGUACAAAAGCAUCCAGGAAGGACUCCUGAACCUCAAAGAUAAGCUGCCAGCUGCCACGGACUAUCAAAGGGUGGCUCAGAGUCAAGUGCAAACAGCUGAUUAUUAUUAUUUUUUUUUUUUUGUAUGGUUCUUGGUUUGUUGCUGUGGGUGACAGGAAGCCAUGUUCCCCAAGCUCUUCGCUUCCUGUUUUAUUUUUACACCCAUCCUGAACAGAUCAGCUCGUCCAUCACAAGGGGAGGCGUCUGUUUCUAUAGCAUUGUUUCUCAUCCGACCUACAAGAGACUGUUUUCCUUCUUAAAUUAAUCAAGAAGUUGGGAUAUAUUUGCUGUCGUGUUAGAAAUUUUGGAGAUGUAUCGAACUGCUUGUGCUGUGCUCCAUUAUUCAGGAGUUGAAGUUUUGUUUCUCUUUUGCAGAACACUGCCUGAAGCGGGUCCACCAUGCCGUUAGUAACGAGGAACAUUGAGCCAAGGCACCUGUGCCGUCAGACGUUGCCUAGUGUUAGAAGUGAGCUGGAAUGCAUGACCAACAUCACCCUGGCAAAUGUCAUUCGACAGCUGGGCAGCCUGAGUAAAUUUGCAGAGGACAUUUUUGGAGAGCUGUUUACUCAGGCCAACACCUUUGCCUUUCGGGUGAGCUCUCUAGUCGAGAGAGUCGACCGCUUGCAAGUCAAGGUCACUCAGCUGGAUCCCAAAGAGGAAGAAGUGUCCCUACAAGGCAUUAAUACAAGGAAGGCCUUCAAAAGCUCCACCACUCAGGACCAGAAACUCUUUGACAGAGACUCUCUCCCAGUGCCUGUCCUUGAAACGUACGGCAUCUGCAAUACUCCACCGCCUCUCAACAUUCUCUCCCCUUACAGGGAUGAUGGCAAAGAGGCACUCAAAUUCUACACAGACCCUUCAUACUUCUUUGACCUUUGGAAAGAGAAAAUGCUCCAGGACACCAAAGAUAUCAUGAAAGAAAAGCGGAAGCACAGGAAAGAGAAGAAAGAUAAUCCCAACCGAGGGAAUGUGAAUCCGCGGAAAAUCAAAACCCGAAAAGAGGAGUGGGAGAAAUUGAAAAUGGGACAGGAGUUUGUUGAGUCAAAAGACAGACAAGGACCUGCGUGCUAUCCCUCUAAUGUGGUGUAUCAGAAUGGCAGCAUUGGCUCGGACGAGAGCAUGGAAAUGAACUACUAUCCACCACCACCACAGUCGGAUUCUAUCUCACCACCAUCUCCAUCCUACCCAGAGGACAGCCUGCCUCCACCACCCUUGGAUUUUAGCUACCCAGUAGACAACCAAAGAGGUUCUGGUUCUGGAGGACAAAAAAGAUCCAGCCUGGUCAGUCCAAGCCAUCCUCCACCAGCUCCUCCAGUUGGAUCCCCAUCCAGUGCCAGGCCAGGCUUUGCUCCGCCUCCUGCUCCUCCCCCACCACCACCAAUGUCAGGAAUUCCCCCGCCACCUCCUCCUGUAGGAUUUCCAAAUUCAGGGAUGCCAUCGCCACCAUCUCCAUCCUCCUUCCCUCCUUACCCUGAGUUUUCUGCCCCUCCUCCUCCAUCACCUCCAGCAGCAGAAUACUUCGCUGUGCCUCCACCACCAUCUCCUCAGCCAGUAGAUGGUGCUCCUCCCCCUCCUCCCCCUCCUCCUCCUCCUGGUCCCCCACCUGUGCCUUCCAGUGGCAUGGAUGGUGCACCAGCUCCACUUCUGCCUCCAGACUCCUCGGCCUCCAAGCCAAAAUCUUCCUUGCCUGCUGUUACUGAUGCCAGAAGUGACUUGCUGUCAGCUAUCCGUCAAGGCUUCCAGCUCCGCAAGGUGGAGGAACAGCGGGAACAAGAGAAGCGGGACGUUGGGGGCAAUGACGUGGCAACGAUCCUUUCUCGCCGCAUCGCUGUGGAAUACAGCGACUCUGAGGAUGAUUCUUCGGAGUUUGGCGACGACUGGUCUGAUUAACCGUGGUCCUGCUCCCCAGGCUCCUCCUCACUAGCCUGACCCCUUUCUUAAAGAGCCAAGUACUUCCUAGGUUGCCAAAGCCUUUUAGUUUUUCCUGUCUCCUCCAGUAACCGAAGAUGUACCAAGGGGUUUCAGCAAAUCACCAUUGGCUUUGGCAAGACUUGCACUCACCUUUCCAAAAGGUCUCCUGCAAGAUGCUGUGGGUUGCAAUGUUGUUUUCCAGCAGGAGGGGGAGUGGUGCUUGCUCAUUAAAGGAAACUUAAACCACCAGUUUUGCAGUGCCACAGAACAAGGCAUGGUUAAAGAUCCUUUGGGAUGGGUUUUUUUUUUUGUUUUUUAAGUUAAAAAUUGGUGACCCUAUUGCAGUCAUAGGGCUCUUCAGAAGGGCAUUUUCAGCCGGUUUUCUCACUGCAGCAGCAGCAUAUAGGAUAUAGUGGACAUAACUCUCUCUUUCUCUCCAGUUAAUAUUGGGAGUAGUACUAGAAAAUGGGCUUAAAAUGUCUCUUCUAGGCUACAUCUCAUUAUUAAAUAACCCUUGGAACAGUCCAUUUUUUUGGUGAUGGAAGCAUCAUUUUUCCAGCAUUUCAAAACUAACCUGCCUAAAAAGCUCUCUCAAGCUGUGGGGCUGCAGGGUGCACUACGUGAAAACCUGGGGGUUAAUUUUUCUUUAAAAGCUGCCCUGUCCCCUCCAAUAGCCUGGUUUGUGCCUCCACUACUGCUGAAGGAUGCUGAACUAAGAGACACCGCCUUAGCAAAACGCUAAACUGGCUGGCUGCCCACUCCAGGGGGUGCAGGGGAUUACCAAGUCAGGAAGUUUACCUGCUGCUACUGGUGUGCUGAGGGAACUAAGCAGUGACAGCUGGGGCUUGCUAGGUUCUGCUGUGCUGGGAAGGUUUUCAUCUGUUACCUAGUGAGCUCAGCAGUGUGUCUAGAGCAAGAGAUGUAACCAGUGGUAUUGGGUGGGAAGAGGCGAGCUCUGAGCACCAAAUAGGCCCAUUUGUUCAGUGUGUCUACAGUUAACUUACCAGCCAGGGCAAGGAGGUGAAGCAUCAGUGUCUCAUUUGGCCUAUUCAGGGCAGCACUUUGGUCAGUUUGAAUUCAGGUGCUUUUCACUGAGGUUGAUGGUGCACUUUAUGCAGGGAAUUGAGCAGCAGAAAAUGCCAGUAUUUAGCCUAUGCUGCUGUCUCCUAUCCUGGGGGAGAGGGUUACAUGUUGCAGGGUCUCUCUCUGAACCGAGUCAGCCAUCGGUAGCAUUACAUCUAGCCCAUAUUAGUGGUUUUCCACUACUUCACAUCCAUAGUCCAGUAGUUAAUUCUCAGAAAAGGUUGUAUCAUCUCCUUUACCAGACUAAAUUUACAGAUACCUGAUCAUCUCCCAGGAGGUGCAUUACAGGUAGGGGUGGAAAUGGGGAUUUUAGAUUAGCUAACUUAGUUUUUAUUGUUUUUCUUACCUUGUUAAGUUGAGUGCAAGCACCUCCAACCGGAUAGAUAAAAAAGACCUCUAUGUAGCAGGUGCUUGUUUAAUAUCUUAUCUGGGCUUGACUGUCCAAGUCUCAGUCAGUGUGACAUCCAAAGUUUUUCACAGAGAUCACAGCCCAUGUGAUUCAUGGAUCCAACUGGGGGUGGGGUGGGAGGACAAUGCAGCUCUGCCUUUACUUUUCUAAAGUGUUUUGCCAACAUGUGCCUCUCCUUCCCUUCCCUCUGUGACUUGCCUUGUUACUGCUUUUGUAUAUCUGAACAGAGAUGUCACCAAUACAUGGGACACCAGAUACAGCCAGAGAUGGCCAUAUUGCCAGGAAAAAAAAAACCCUCUUGGGUUUGUUUGUUUGUUUUUAGUGUUUAAAUUCUCACUUUUCUGGUUUCUUGCCAUUUUCUUGAAUACUUUUCCCUUUUCUAACGUUUGAAAGAGACUGAAUGAAGUGGCCUAGAUCUUAGGUCUCUCUGGAGGCCAGAGGGCCACGUUUUUGGGUGCAGGUGUUGUCAUGUUCCAGUCUGACUGUAAAGCACCAGUGAAGUUAAUUUAUUAAACCUCUGCACUGCUAUAUUUGGCAGCAAGCCAACUGGGUAAGGUAGACUCCGAAGAGGGCAUAGGGCUGGUCUUCAUUAUGGGGAAGAUUGAUGCUGCAGCAGUUGAUGCAGCAGGGGUGGAUUUAGCGGGUCUAGUGAAGCCCAUAAAGAUGCUGAAUUGACAGCAGAGCACUCUCCAGUUGACUCUGGUACUCCAGGUCUCCGAGAAGAGGAAGGGCAGUCGACUGGAGAGUGUCUCCUGUUGCUGCAGCACAGUGAAGACACCAGGGUAAGUUGACCUAAGCUAUGUCGACCUAAGCUUCAUUAUUCACAUAACUGGAGUAGCGUAACUUAGAUUGAUUUACCCCCGUAGUGAAGACAAGCUCAUAGGCAGUGAAACUGACCCUGCUUUCUGAUGGGACAAGAACGUGUGAGCAAUGUUAGUUCCAAUCCUCCAGUGACCAUAAGCCAUAAAGUACUCCAGGGCACUGGAAAUUAGGAACACAAAAAUGCCAAACUUGGCUUCUUUUUAAAUUGCUUUGGCUCCACCUGGCUCCAUUUCAUGAAGAGGAAGCUAGUACUCCUUUCAUUCAAAGCUUUGAAAGGUGCGAUAUCCCUUGUGACCUUAAAUGGAUAAUCCAUCUGUGCGCAAGCCACCAGUUGGAUUGUGGAGAAAUAGGGUUGGUGCCAGAUGGUUCUGUGACCAGUCUCGUGGCUCUGCCCAGUUUUCUUAAUAUCUAUGCAAUAAAGCCUGUCCCUUUGUACUGGGUGGCCAUAAAGAAGCAAUGCCCACUUAAUGCUGAUCAGCCAUCCCAUGAAUAGAAGGAAAAAAAAGUUCUUUAUUCAAGUCUAGUUUAAAAACAAUUCUGCUUUUAAAGUCAUUGGGGUCCUUAGGAGUGGAUCUAAAACAUCGGUCCUCACCCUGGGGGAAAUAGCAGGACGGGAAGAAAAUAGGUGCCAAGAACAACCUCUCUGCAAGAUGGUUGUACCCAAAUGGCUCUAACUGUGGGGCUGCGACCCAUUCAUGAAAGGGGCACGUGCUUGGCUGGACAGCCUCCUGACCACUUUGUUGGUUUAACGUGUUCGUAGCUUAUUUAGUAUGACCAUAGGUGCAUUCCAAACAGCACAGUGGAGGGAGCUGCCAGUGUUUAACAAAUCUGGGGAUGAGAAUAAGAGGCUGCUUUUUUUUUUU